AUGUCAGGAAACAACAUUAGUGGACUAUUACCAAAGUUCGAGGAGGCCAAACGUCCCUUUCGUCGUCUGAUAUUAAGGUCGAACAUAUUCGAAGGGCCGUUAAGACCGCUGCACCCAGACAUUCUGCUUUUUGACGUCUCAGACAAUUUUCUCUCCGGCGAGAUCCCAAUUCAGAACGGGACGAACCUAACGCUCGAGGCCCUCGUACUCUCCAACAAUCGAUUAACCGGUCGAUUUCCAAGCUUCGUCUGUGAAAUCCAGACAUUGACCAUCAUCGACCUCACGAACAACCGGUUUCUCGGAGAAUUACCCGAUUGCAUCGGGAACUUGAACAGACUCUCAAUGCUUGACUUGACGAACAACACUUUUCACGGGGAAGUCCCGAACUCCAUCACUAAUUUGCCACUAUUGUCACUAAGCUUGCACAACAACGAUUUUCAAGGACAAAUACCGUCUCUAGAGAACACAAUGUUCAAUUUUUCGGCCAUGAUAAACGUAAAUGAUCCGCGCGAGUACUUGAUUCUCGAUGUCGACUAUGGAGGAAGCAUUCCGGAGAUUGUCAACGGCAUUGAGAGACGGUACACGAAGACGAUGCCUUCCCUCACGUCAAUCGACAUCUCCCGAAACAGGCUGCACGGGAAAAUACCCGAAACCUUGUCGGAUUAA